AUGUCAGUGCCAGGUAAAAAGCGACGUUAUCCUACGGCCAGUUCUCCUAAUGAAUCAGAUGACGACAAUGGAGAACAACCUUCAACUUCCACAAAUCAACUAUCGAAUAAACGACGUGGUUCAGUUGCCGCGGAUUUUGCACCGCACCGUUUGAUUGUCAGCGAACGUCAACAAAUGGCUGUAUUAAAACAAUUAACAGCUGGCGACGAAUCAAACACUGGAUCUCAAUCUCCAUCCUCGAUUACUCCUCAACCGCGUCCAUCAAAGAUCAAUCGACGAAAUGAACACGGAGAGACAAUUGUCCACAUAGCUGCACGAAAAGGCGAUUUGAAACAACUACGGAAAGUUCUCAAAGCUGGAGCGCACGUCAACGAAGCUGAUAAUGCCGGGUGGACGCCUUUGCAUGAAGCUGUUACAAAGAAUCAAUUCAAAGCUGCGCGUCUCCUGUUGAAAUCUGGUGCGAAUUCCAAUGCACCUGGUCCUGAAGGACAAACUCCACUUGUUGACGCUGUUCUUAACAAUAACACAAAAAUGGCUGAGUUGUUAUUGACUUAUUCUGCUGAUCCGUCUGUUGUUGACUUAACUCGUCUGAACGAAACAAUGGCAAGUGUUCUAAGACGUGAAACAACCGUGUUGGAAUCAUCAGAUAACGAAAACGAUGACGAAUCGAUUAGUCCGCUAUCGCCAUUAACCAGCGAUAACGAUCAGGAACAUGAUGAUAAGCAGCAUUUCCAUUCAAGUGUAGUGGAGCAAUUAGAUAAAGAUCUUGGUCAACAUACAACCUUCGCCAAAAUUCAACGGAAAAAGCCUUAUAGUGGUUUGGGAGAGCGCUCAUCCCAAACAUUGGAUUCUUCACCGCAAAGCAAGAUUCGUUCGACUAGUGGCAGUAAUGAAAUAUCGGCAUCAGGAAAAAACCCAUACGAUUUCGAAAGCGAAGAAGAAGGAGAAAUCCGUGAACCAUCAACUGAGACGCCUGAAGAACAAAAGAAGAAACCUAUACGAAAACCUGAAUCGACUAGACAACGGGCUCACAGUGGAACUUUCGCAUCGUCGGUUGAAAGCUCGAAUGUAAGGAAACGAUCGAAUAAACUUGAUCAAAUCAAAGAACAAGAGCAACAAAAAAUCCAAUCAACAUCUGAUGAUGAACAACUCCAACACAUCUAUCGUGUUCCGCCCUUGAAAAUCGUUUUAGCAAGAGCUGUUUUACAAAAAACACUUGAAACUGAAAGAAAGAGAGCAAUAGCAAAAAAAAUCGUCAGCUCAAAUCCCUCGAAUAUGAAUGAUGAUAAUAACAACUUAACAAUUAGUCCCGCAUCGCCAUCAGUAGCAUCGUCGUCGUCGGCAUUGCCACAUCCAAUCAUUGAGCAAAAUGAAAAAUUAUUAUCGUCAAUGUCAACCGAUAUUCCCAUUGCGUCACCAGAACCAGAUGAAAAACUCGUCAUUUCUACCGAAGAUAACGACAAUCACACCAAUGACGACAGUUCUCAAGCAACCAGUUUGAAUGAUAAUGAAAAAUAUCCACCUUUGUCAUCGACGUCAUCGCCGCAAACAGUCAUUUCGUCUGUUCUCGAUGCACUCAUCACACAAAUUGAAUCAAACAAUGAAAAUCAAUUGCAUUCUUUACCUGUCAUCGAAGAUGACCAAAUGGAUGUUGAAGAAGACGAAGACGAAGAGGAGGAAAACGAAGAUGAUGAAGAAGAGCAAGAAACAAUCGAAAAAAGUUCGUCAAACAAAUCGCACAAAACUGAACAAGAACGUAUGAGUACAAGAAUAUCAUCGGUAUCAAAAACGGACUUGAAACCAACGACACGCACAUUACGGUCGCAUGCCCGUGGUAAACGAAAUCUGUCUACAUUAGUUCAAACAUCAGCAUCAUUAAAUAACAAUAAUGGUCGACGAGUAUCCAGUCGAAGACGAGCCUUAGAUAACAAAACAUUAGCCAUAAUGAAUGAGAGAGAGAGAAAACGCCGUACAACAUCCGAACGUUUGAGAAAAGAUAAAGACAAUCUCAUGAAUACCGAUGAUAUGCAAACAUCGAGUAAUUCCGACGAUCAAACAUCUGAAAAUACCAACGCUGAAAAGUCCUCGUUGACAACGACAACUCAUGCUAACGACGAAGCCAGUUCAUGUUCAAGUACGGGCGCUGGCGAUGAGAGCAGUACAAGUAGUUCAGCAACAAAUCCGAAGCAAUCAAAUCCAACCGCUGACAUUGAUACAUUACCACCAAACAAACGUCGAUUACGUGAAAGAAAUGCCGGAAUACCGACUGCAUCUAUUCCAUCAGCCACAACAGAUACAUCGACAAAUUCAACCGUAAUUACAGAUAAUUCAUCGACCGAAUCGACAACGGCACGUGACGUACCAGUCAAUAGUAUUAAACAAUUCCUGGAAAUCCGUCAACAGAUCGAUAAGCGACAUAAAACAAUGUUACAUGAAUUCGUUUUACCGAAAGUUCCAAAGGACUUCUCCGAAACUACAAUGGCGAAGAAGAGUUACUUAAUCGCUUCAUCAUUUAGUUCGUAUUCAAACACAACUCCGUCAGCAAUCGGUAUCAAACGAUUGAUAGCACCGCAUGACCUCGAUCCACAUUUAGCAGAUGUCUUCACUAAACAGGAAGAUGAGCGAUAUAAAAUGAAGAUACGUCAUCAAGUUGAACGAGAUAAACUAAUCCUAUCCCAUGAACAAGAAGUUCUACGUUUAUGCGGCAAUGCGACACGUUCAUCAUUGAAUCAAGAGAUUCCUUUUAGUUAUUGUUCAUUAUUGAAAGAUAAUGAAGUUUAUAAUAAUCCAUCAAUUCAAUUACCUGAGAAAAUGGUUAAUAAUGAUUACACAGCAACUGAAUUAGGUAAACGUGGUAAACAUCGUUGGAAUGGACGUUCAUUCAUUAAAUGGCAGGAAGAUUCCAAUCUGAAAUACAAACGUCUUAGUUGUGAACUAAACGAUCGUCAGCAGUUAGAAGUUGAUACACUUUAUUCUAUGCAACGAAUGGUCUGGUUGAAACAUCUACCAAAGGAAUCCACAAGUCAAUCUUUGUCGUCGUCGGGUCGAUCGAGUCAUCUUUUAACCGAACGUUAUUUACCUAAGGUUGAAAUCAAUUCAAAUUUCUGGACAAACUGGGAAACAAGUCCAUUUUAA